GUAGACUGUAUGGCCUCGAUACGCUGCGAUCAUCCAAACUACAUAUAACAGGACCGAACAAACAUAUUUACCCAAAAAAAAACAGGACCGAACAAACAACAUGGCAUGGGUCACGGGAAAAGAUAGAGAGCGUGCUGUAAACUGUCACCUUCUGGUUCUUUUAAGUCUUUACUUUGCAGUAAGCGAUUCCGAGAAACAGCACCUUUACUCUCUAACUGCUAUUUGACCCCCAAACCGUGGAACAGCAUCUACCAAGCUCUGUUCAACGAUCCGUUGUGUUGAUGUUUCCUUAGCCCCGUGGAAAAAGCAGAACUUGCUGGGUUUCUUUAGGCUACCUAACUAGUAUUUGGCGUCAUAGAUCGCAUACCCAUUUUUCGUUGAACGGUAAUGUAGUGACCCAUUUCGUUAGAGCAUGAGUUUUAAACUAUUUCUUUCGGAGAUCUCUCUAUUUCGAGGAUUAAAGCUGAUAUUUUGGGCAUAUUCUUGGUGGGUUUUUGGGCACGUUUUGUUCUAGUGCUCGGUUGUUGGAUUUGUAUGUGUUUUUAUUUUAUUUUAUUUUGCAAGUUCAUUGUAGAUCAAGAACUUUAUUAGGUAUACAUUAUAAUUAUUAGAACAGUGCGAAGACUGACGGAGAAAGUUGCUUAUUUUGAAUUGGAUUUGGAGUUUGAUCUGUCUGAGGUUGUUUGUGCGCCAAAAAAACUAGACUGGGAUUUUGUAUUUUUGGGGUCAGAUUUUAGUUGCAGAAGAAGGUGAUGGUUUAGGAGAAAUUGUAACUUUGUGAUGAUGACAUGUCUUUGGAGGAUUAUAGAUGAACGUCAUUCAAUAUGAAACGGUUGCAACAGAAACUGACAAAUCUUAGUUUGAAUAUCUCUCUUGUCCUUGUGCUCAAGUUGGAUUGAUUUAAUGGUGAAUUAUGUUUACCAUGUAUAAUUAUAAAUACCAAACUUGAAAAUAAGCUUUUUGAUGAGGAUAUACAAAGGAAGAGAAAUUACGAACCUAGAAUUCUAUGCCUAUCAUAUUCAGCAAGAUGGACAUGGGGAUCUGAUAAAUUAAGAAACUUUUCUGUUGUAUGUUCUAGCUCUUUUGUGGAAGUGGUCUAUCAAAGUGAACAUUUUCUAUGGCAUCUAUUAGGAGAACAUUGUCUCCCGUGCCUCGAGCAGGAACUACACUGAAUGUAGAAGCAUGUUCGGUUGCUUCUCCACUGUCCAGGUCUUCAUCGUGUGCUCAGAGUCAGAACUACCCACCAUCCAGUGGAUUGUUAUCUUAUCUUUCUAGUUCAUUGGACUCUCAAGCUUUUGUUCUGAGUGUUUUCUCACCAAGGUCUUCUAGGUUCUCCCUUGAGAAGACAAAACCAAAGGGUCAAGUUUGGAGGAGGGCCCUAUUCCAAUUCUUUAUAUGUUUCACGGUUGGGAUGUUUAUUGGGUUCACUCCAUUCGCAUCGAUGAAUUUAUCUACAAAUCUCAUGUCGAAGCAUCAAGCUUUCUCGUUUGAGAUGAUCUCUGCAGUCGGGAGUUUUCAGUCAUAUGAUGCUGCAUCAAGAAAUGUGACUCCGGCAGACAAUGAGAGUAUGAAGAAUGCUACAGUGGAGUCAAAAGUGAAGGAGCAGGAACUAAUAGAUGGAAGUUCUGGAUAUGUUUCUGAUAAUCAGUCAAUUGUUCAAGAAUCAGAUUUGGAGUUUCAGAAGCUUUUGAUAAUUGUGACCCCAACAUAUGUUCGUCCAUUUCAAGCCUAUUAUCUGAAUCGGUUGGCAUACACAUUAAAGUUAAUCUCAACUCCUUUGCUGUGGAUAGUUGUGGAGAUGACCUCCCAAUCGGCAGAAACUGCUGACUUGCUGAGGAGAACUGGGGUUAUGUACAGGCAUCUUGUUUGCACCACAAAUCUAACUGAUAUAAGAGAUAGAACUAUUCAUCAAAGGAACGUUGCACUGUCACACAUUGAAACUCACCGUCUCGAUGGAAUAGUUUAUUUUGCAGAUGAUGAUAAUAUCUACUCAACUGAUCUAUUUGAGCAAAUGAGGCAGAUCAAGAGAUUUGGUACAUGGACAGUGGCCAAACUAGCAGAGAAGAAAAGCAAUGCUAUUAUAGAAGGCCCAAUUUGUAAUGGAACUCAAGUUAUCGGAUGGCAUGUAAAUGAAUCAGUUCGAAAAUUCCGUAGGUUCCAUGCUGACUUAUCAGGGUUUGCCUUCAAUAGUACCAUACUCUGGGAUCCUAAGAGGUGGCACAGACCUACUCUUGAACCUAUUAGGCAGCUUGAUAAAGUUAAGGAUGGUUUCCAAGUGAGCACAUUUAUUGAACGAAUUGUGGAAGAUGAAAGCCAGAUGGAAGGCUUACUGCAAGAUUGCUCGAGAAUUGUGGUUUGGAAUCUUCAUCUUGAAUCAUCCAAUUCCUUGUAUCCUGAAGAAUGGUUCAUGAACAAAAAUCUGGAUGCCAUUGCUUUGCUCACAUGAAAUUCUUGAUGCGACUUGGAGUCCGGAUGGAUAGCAAAGUGUGGGAAAGAGUGGUGAAAUCAGCGACCUCAAGGGGUAAGCUUGGCCUUCACCAGUACAUAUCUGGAAGAUUCACAUUACACAUCUGGAAUGUGGUCCACAUAUGUUUUCUUGCCAAAAUGGUGGAACAAGUUGUUUCCCAUAUUGAAGGGUUAAUAAUAUUUAUCUCUGUACAGAGUUGCCAUUUUACCAGUAGGCUGUUCCUUUUAGAACAGAAAAAAGUUGGUUGUAAACCUAGUAAAGAAAUCAUGGUUAAAUUGAAAGCCAUCUUGAAGUUAGAGGGAUGCAUAUUGUCAGUUUUUUUGCUUCUUUGCCUGUUCAUAAUCAUUCUUGUUGUAUUCCUUGUUGUAAUGCCACAAACAAUUUUAAUUACAUACUUUGGUGGUGCUUGUGGCUUCCAGUUUAAAAUAUCACUUGGUUUUUAUGUUUUUUUGGCCA